AUGACAACCUCAUUGACCAUCCCCGUGCUCCUUCUCAAAACACGAUCUCAACCACAUGACGCCUAUGAGGAAUUCUUUGGCCCCUCCUCCCCCUUCUGCCGCAGUGGCAGGGGCAGUGCCAGUGGCGCCACCACCGAGAACAACGCGGAUAGCGCCAGUCCCGUCUUCCUGCCGGAAUUCGUGCCUGUUCUAGACCACCGAGCAAACACUCAGAACUUGGGUGCGUUGGAGGAGCUGCUGAAGAGCGGGAGGCUGAGCGAGCAAUAUGGCGGCAUGAUCUUCACUAGUCAGCGGGCGGUCGAGGCCUGGGCCGAUGUCGUCAAGAGAGUCGAGGGGGGCCCGGGCACCGAAAGACAAGGGGAGGAGGACGUCAACCAUGGUAGAGGAGGAGGCGUGAGUGCUUCAAGUCCGGAUUUGGGGCAUCGGUACGGUAUUGUGCCGCAGACGCCCAAUACCGACGACGACGACGGCGCAACUCCUCCUCUGGGGAAUCUCUUGGAUGACGAUUUCGCGUUUCCCCUCUAUACCGUCGGGCCAGCCACUUCGCGAGCAUUAAACACUCUCGUGACCGAGUCUUUGGCGGCGUCGAAGCAUUCACAUUCACCAUUCUCUCGCCUGCGCCCCUCCGUGCUGGGCGAACACACCGGCAAUGGAGACAAACUGGCACAGUAUAUCCUUAGCCACUACAACGCUCUGCACUCGCGGAGACUCUACACAUUCUACGACGCCCCGAGAUUGCCCUUUACACCCGUAAUGGGACCUAUGCCGCCGCGGGGGGAAAGGGUGGACAAGGAUGACGCGAGACUGCGCAAGAAGCCUUUGUUAUUUCUCGUCGGUGAGCAGCGCAGAGAUGUAAUACCCAAGACCCUGAUGGAUAAGGAAGGUAAGUUGGCGUCGCCUGAGGAGAGGAUCCAGGUCGACGAGCUCGAGGUUUAUACUACGGUGGUGAUGGAGUCGUUUCAAGACGACUUUCGGAGGAGGAUCGCCGAGCACAAGCUGGGCGGGGUAAGAGUGGUCGUGGUCGUCGUGUUCAGUCCGCAGGGUUGUGAAUCGAUGUUGCGGUCGCUGGAUUACAUUGAUAAUAAUCACGCAUUGACGGAUCGCGCGAGGACGAGGUGGGUGGAAACGGACAACGUCGAGGACGACCAUGAGCAGACCUCCAGGUAUAUUAUUGUGACCAUCGGUCCCACAACCCGCGACCAUCUCCGGAACAAGUACGGGUUCGAGGCCGACGUGUGCUCUGCCAAACCGAGUCCGGAGGGAGUGGGUAGGGGUUUGAUGGAGUUCCUUGAGCAGAAAGGAGUGCUAUAG